UGCUCUCCGGACUGGCGCUGGGCUGCGGGAACGCUUCGCCUUGGCCACCGGCUGCUGUAGCGAGGGAAGGGCGCUGCGCUCCGAAAGCGCACCACGGAGAGCCGGCACGGACCGCGGCGCGGCGCCUCCCUUCCCAGCCCGGCCGCCAUCCCAGCCCAGAGGCUGAAGCGGCGCUUCGCGUCCCCCCAGUCGCGGCUGCCGGCGGCCGAUGAAACCGGGACUGUGAGCCGAGGAGGACCGCGCGCCUAUUGUUCCUGCGGCCACCGGCUGCGGGCGCUUUUUGGAGGAGCGCUUCGGGCGCAGCCGGCGGGACCUGUUGGUGUAGCUCUGGCCGUAGGCAGAGUAGGGGGGCCGUCCCCCCCUCCGGCUUCCUUCUGCGGGAGCGGGCCGAGCCAGCGCGCAUUUGAAGAACUGAUCGAAGAGAAGAAGUGAAGCUUCCGCUCCCAGUUGCAAACCAGACACCUGAGCUCAGAGUCCUCAUGGAGUGUGAGAGUUCAUUCGCCAACAAGUAGCAGGAGAACUGGGAUGCUUACCUGGAAGUCCCUCGUUCUUUGGGCUGUGCUGGUCACAGCCACGCUGUCCAUUGCAAGGCCGGCACAAACCCUGCCAGAGCAAGUUCUGCCCAAAGCAAGCAUUGAAGUGGAGUCUUACUCAGCUCACCCUGGUGACCUCCUCCAGUUGCGCUGCCGGCUACGUGAUGAUGUUCAGAGUAUCAACUGGGUACGAGAUGGGGUCCAGCUGUCAGAAAACAACCGGACGCGCAUCACAGGGGAGGAGGUAGAGGUCAGGGACGCCGUGCCUGAGGACUCAGGGCUGUAUGCCUGCAUGACCAACAGUCCCUCGGGAAGCGAAACCACCUACUUCUCCGUGAAUGUCUCAGAUGCUCUUCCUUCUGCCGAAGAUGAUGACGACGAUGACGAUUCCUCCUCAGAGGAGAAGGAGACAGAUAACUCCAGACUAAACCAAGCCAUAGCUCCCUACUGGACAUACCCCGAAAAAAUGGAGAAGAAACUUCAUGCUGUUCCUGCUGCUAAGACAGUGAAAUUUAAGUGCCCGUCCAGUGGGACACCCACUCCUACACUGCGCUGGCUGAAGAAUGGCAAGGAAUUCAAACCUGAUCAUCGCAUAGGCGGAUACAAGGUCCGCCAUGCAACCUGGAGUAUUAUCAUGGACUCGGUGGUGCCAUCGGAUAAAGGCAACUACACCUGCAUUGUGGAAAACAAAUACGGGACCAUUAACCACACCUAUCAGCUUGAUGUAGUUGAGAGAUCUCCGCAUCGCCCUAUCCUACAAGCAGGGCUUCCAGCUAACAAGACUGUCUCCUUGGGUAGCAAUGUAGAAUUUGUUUGCAAAGUCUACAGUGACCCUCAACCCCAUAUCCAGUGGUUGAAGCACAUUGAAAUCAAUGGAAGCAAAAUUGGGCCAAGUAGCUUGCCUUAUGUGCAGGUUUUGAAGCAUUCGGGAAUUAAUAGCUCUGAUGCGGAGGUGCUGACCCUGUAUAAUGUGACAGAGGCUGAAAGCGGGGAGUAUGUUUGUAAGGUUUCCAAUUAUAUUGGUGAGGCUAACCAGUCUGCGUGGCUCACCGUCACCAGACCCAUGGCUGCAGAUAUUGACGACAAGCCUGCUAUGAUGACCUCCCCUCUCUACCUGGAGAUCAUAAUUUACUGCACAGGGGGCUUCCUCAUCUGCUGCAUGAUUGUAACCGUUAUCCUAUACAAGAUGAAGAGCACCACAAAGAAGACGGACUUCAACAGCCAGCUGGCCGUGCAUAAGCUGGCAAAGAGCAUCCCCCUGCGCAGACAGGUGUCGGCUGACUCAAGCUCCUCCAUGAACUCUGGAGUGAUGCUUGUGCGUCCCUCACGGCUUUCCUCCAGUGGGACCCCAAUGCUCGCGGGUGUCUCUGAGUAUGAGCUGCCAGAAGACCCUCGCUGGGAGCUGCCCAGAGACAGGCUGAUCCUGGGCAAGCCACUGGGAGAAGGCUGCUUUGGACAGGUUGUGCUCGCUGAGGCAAUAGGUCUUGACAAGGACAAACCAAACCGUGUGACUAAAGUGGCGGUGAAGAUGCUGAAGUCUGACGCCACUGAAAAGGAUCUGUCUGACUUGAUCUCUGAAAUGGAGAUGAUGAAGAUGAUUGGCAAGCACAAGAAUAUCAUUAACCUCCUUGGAGCUUGCACUCAGGAUGGCCCGCUCUACGUGAUAGUGGAGUAUGCGUCCAAAGGGAACCUGAGGGAAUACUUGCAGGCUCGGCGGCCCCCAGGCAUGGAAUACUGCUACAACCCUACCCAUCUCCCAGAGGAGCAGCUCUCCUUCAAAGACUUGGUCUCCUGUGCAUAUCAAGUCGCCAGGGGCAUGGAAUAUCUUGCAUCCAAAAAGUGCAUCCACCGAGAUCUGGCUGCCAGGAACGUGCUGGUGACCGAAGACAGUGUGAUGAAGAUUGCUGAUUUCGGCCUGGCUCGAGACAUUCAUCACAUAGAUUACUACAAGAAGACAACAAAUGGUCGCUUGCCGGUCAAGUGGAUGGCCCCUGAGGCUUUGUUUGAUAGGAUAUACACCCAUCAGAGUGAUGUGUGGUCUUUUGGCGUUCUGUUGUGGGAGAUCUUCACACUGGGUGGAUCACCGUACCCUGGUGUGCCAGUGGAAGAGCUCUUCAAGCUGCUGAAAGAGGGGCAUCGGAUGGACAAGCCAAGCAAUUGCACCAAUGAACUGUACAUGAUGAUGCGAGAUUGCUGGCAUGCUGUUCCUUCCCAGAGGCCCACCUUUAAGCAGCUGGUAGAAGAUUUAGAUAGGAUUGUGGCCAUGACCUCUAACCAGGAAUACCUGGAUCUCUCCAUGCCACUGGACCAGUAUUCUCCCAGUUUUCCAGACACCCGCAGCUCAACCUGCUCUUCAGGAGAGGACUCUGUAUUUUCCCAUGACCCCCUCCCAGAUGAACCUUGUCUCCCCAAACACCCACCUCAGCUUGCCAAUGGCGGACUCAAAAGGCGCUGAUACAAUGGCUUCCGUAUGACACUUGCAAGCCCUCCGUGCAUAUGAGUGCGAUGUGUUUGUGUAUGAACGAGUCAGUGUGUGUGUUAAUGAGUGAAUGCACGCACCCAUGCACUUCACUUCCAGCAGGGCUGGUGGAGGGCCACUUGGGCAGCCAUCAGUCAUCUUUGGCUAUUGUAUUAAUGAAUUGUGGAGAUUUCAUUCUGAAUCAUCAAACCCUCACCAUCCAUCGUCUUCUUCAACGCUCCAUUAUUGCAAUCCAUUGACAUUUGGAAGAGGCAUUUGCAGAAAAUCUGCGUUUGAGUAUUUCCCCCUGGAUUAAAGCUGAGCUACCUUCCCUGUCCCCUCCCCCCAUGUUGGCCAGUGCCUAAACAAAACAAAGAGACCCAGAGACUGUCACUUCUCUGAAAGAGACUCUGGGAAGAAUUACAUUCCCUGGAGAAGAGGAGCUUUUCUUUCUUUUCUCUUUCUUACUUGCAAACCCAAGGAACCAACCUCGAACAACUUAAUAAGCUAACAGCAGGACUGGGAUGCAGAGCCCUUUUGCUCCACAGCCCACUGGAUCCGGCUGGCAACGGGCAGGUUUUAAUGCAGUCAAGUGCCAUCUGCAACAAACGGGGGGGGGGGGUGCCUGUUGGUAGGGGAUAUGGUUUCCAAACCAGUGUCACCACCGACACCUUCUUAAUUCCACUACUCUGUGCUUUGCUGAUCAAACCAGUCAGGUACAAAAUCUGUGCAGCACUGGGGUAAAGUGGCAGCCCAACUAAACCAGUGCUAUGAGGACAAAAAAAAAUGAAACAGAUCUUAUGUGUACAUAGCUGCAAAAUGUAUAAAUAUGAAUAUAUAUUUACAUGUCUUUUAAAAAAAAGGUUGUUACCAGAGAUAAUAUCACUUUGGUAGUAAGUUACCUAGUGGCUGGUAGGUAUCAGUUGCUAUAUUAAAAAAAAAAACCAAAUCAUAUAUUUUGCUACUCUUGCUGGGGUUUUGUUUUAUUUUGUUUUUAAAUUAUGUUCUAAAACUUAUUUCAGUUUAGGUACUUCAAUAAAAUUGCUGCUGCUUCAGUUUUAUAUGAGGUUAUAUUAAACAGUGAUUUGAUGCCUUUUGGAAGUACAUUGUGAAAUAAACAGUAUCUUCCUUU